AGGAAAAAUAAAUAAAUAUCACAAGUCCCUGAUUUUGACUGGCUAAGAUUCAACGGCCAUUUUCCAUCUUACAGACCCAAUUCUUGUUUUCUGUUUUGCUAUAACAAACCAGGGUCAGGGUUUUAUCUUCCAUAUUCUUUUCCCACUGAUUCUUACAAUCGAUCUAAGGGAAUCUACGAACUGUUUGGUAAUUUCUGGUGGGAAAAGUCUUGAUCUUGCUGUUUGGUUUGGAGUAAUGGUGAGUGCUUGGUUUGUUGUUGGCUCACCGGUGAUGGACUCUUCGAGCAGUCCAUGUUUAUGUCUGGAUGCUCACACGACGGGUACCAUCAGGAGGAAGAAGAUCCUUGGCAAAGCAAGAAAUCUGGAAUUAGGAAGCUCUUUCACUGGCUCACGCAUUGUUUUUAGGCUUUCUCCGAAGCGUGUAUCGAGAAUUGCGAAUCGAAAGAGCAAAAAGCUCUUGAUUGUGAAUGAGGAUGUUGCUGGUAAUUACGACGAUACCUUCGGUGAUGUACAAAAGCAAAUUGUUAAUUAUUUUACAUACAAAGCUGUGAGGACGGUUCUUCAUCAGCUGUACGAAAUGAAUCCUCCUCAAUACACUUGGUUCUAUAAUCAUAUCAUAACAAACAGACCGACGGAUGGCAAACGUUUCCUCCGUGCCCUCGGCAAGGUAAACAAGUUUAGUUUAUAUCUCACAUGAACAAGCAUCAUCUGUAAGAUGCAUUAGGUCUAGUUGAACAAGUUCAGCUGGUAUACUAUAACUAGCCGAGGACUGAAUGUAGCAGAUUGUAGCUGUGGUGAGUUGGUUAAUGAGCAGUUAGUGAGGGCUGAAGUUUAUAAGACUUGUCUCUGAUUUGGUGUAUUGCAACAGAGAUAGCAGUUCCAUAGAUUUGUUCUUAUUACAAUCACACUGUGUUGUGAUAAAUUAUGUUUGAUUCAACCUUGUUUAGAGCUUGGUAUUUAAACACAGACAAUUGAGUUUGAUUUUUUUUGUCUUAACUACUUGUAGGAGAGUCAGGAGCUUGCAGAAAGAGUGAUGAUCACGCGUCUUCACUUGUAUGGCAAAUGGAUCAAGAAAUGCGACCAUGGGAAGAUAUACCAGGAAAUAUCGGAUGAAAACUUGGCGUUGAUGCGUGAACGCCUGAUGGAGACCGUGAUAUGGCCUUCCGAUGACACAAACUCAAGGUAAUAGGCUGAAGAAGACAGCGCACACCACAGCACAACAUUUGCUUUGUCAAUUUGCUUCUCAGUUUUUAGGACUUCGAGUUUUUUAGUUUGAUUACAUAUUACUAUAGUGAAAGAGCAGUGUGUAUAUGAUGUCUAUUCUUGGCAUGUACUAUAUGAUAUUAGGGGCAAAAAACAACACCCUUCUUGUGCUCCUAAACUUACUUUCUCAGUCAUCUCUUACGCUC